UCUAUUUUGCGAUUUUGAAAAGUAGGAUAGGAAGAAGAAGAAACCAGGACAAAGGGGGAAAAGAUGGAUCACUUAGCAGCAGCGGAGCAGCAAAUAGUAUCAGAAAGAAUGAGGAAGAAACUUGACGAGGUCAAUUUAGCGGCUCAAUCCCAGCUUGCUCCUGUCCAAGACCACAUCAAUUUCACUCUUCAGCAAUCAUACUUCAAGUGUGCGUACGAGUGCUUUGACCGAAGGAGGAAGCAAGAAGAGAUAAGCAAUUGUGUGGAGCAUUGUAGCGUUCCUGUUCUUAAUGCCCAACAGCAUUUUGAGAAUGAGAUGGCCAAGUUUCAAGAAAGAUUGAAUAGAUCCCUGAUGGUCUGCCAGGACAAGUUUGAAGCAGCUAAGCUCCAACGGGUUGGAACUGAAGCCAUUAACGAUCUGGAGUCAUGUGUUAACAAGUCCAUUGAGGAUAACAUGAAAACACUUCCACAUCUUGUUGGAAGAUUAAAAGCUUCAUUCUCCAUCAGUGAUCAGACCAAAUGAGUACAAUAUUAUUGAAGAUUUAUUACCCAUUUUGCUGAGAUAUUGAGAAUGAUGGAAGUCUUCGUGAUUCUUUUCUAGCUUUACCUCUACAAGCGUGUUUAAGAUGAACCAAAAUCCCUUCUAUGCUAACAUUCAUUUCAUCUAAUGUUACAAAUAAACCUCGCUAUGUGCA